CUUCAUUGCUUACCCGUUGGAGCUCAGGCUUGGUUCGGGCAUACUUGUACACCUGCGGCCUCCCCCCUGAUCCCUCAGGUUCUAGGAUUGUGGCGGAAAUAAGCGCCUUGUUUCGGGAAUCACUCAGCUGUUUGUACGCCGUGAGAGCCCAACGAAGAGAGCGAAAGCGAGACAGUGGAAGGACAUAGGAGACAGGAAUAGGACGAGGGAGCUGCGUUCUCAUCUUGGUCUCAGACCAUCUUCGAUCCUUCACCGGGGGACUUUUAUCCCGUAUCAGAUCCCGGUGGUAUGUCGCGCAUCUCACCCCACCGGCCGGGAGCCGAGCUGGCUGGCGCAACCCUGAUGCCAGACCAGUCGAGCUAUCCAUCGCUUUUUCGACCGAGCGCUGAAAUCCCCCCUUUCUCUGUACCCUACCGAUACUGGGAGGAUGACACCGUCCUCUGGGCCUUCGACGUCCAGGAGAUCAAACGAGUCAUCCGCUACGGGCUUUUCCAGGACGAAAACCUGCCCCGUCGCGCCUUACAAAGCCGAAAUGCCGCCACCGUCGACAGUUUUCUUUUGUCCCUUCUCGAGCCCCAGGAGAAGGCAUUCAUCUUGAAUUUAGCGCAUGUGCAGAAGGUCGAAGAGAUUCUGCACCGGUGCAAAGUCAUUAGUCCACCGCGCGCUUCCUGGAGCUGGUUCCCGACCCAGCAGGAUCGGUCCUUGGAUCCCAAUGCUAUUGCCCAGGCGAUUGACGCCGAAAGCCAUCUCCACUUCACCCGGAUCUCGUUCGAGGAGAUGGUUCGUUAUUCUUUGGGCUAUCGUGUCUCGGCAGUCGAGUGGUUCUUCCAGCAACAUACGGCUUUGUACAUCCACCUGUUGAAUUACCUCCAUGAGUUCCCCGACGAAGUGAAAAAGUACAUCGAGAUCGAAAAGCAUCUUCGAACACGAAGUCCGUUCGCCCACCGUGCCCUAGCACAAUGCCUUAUCACCAUGAACCAAGGAACGAAUAACGACAUAGCAUUGAAUACGGUCCCUGCCUUCGAAUUUAUUGCGGGCUCUAUUCAGGAGUUGAUUAAGGAACAUCCUCCCAGUUUGACGGCUCUUCUGAAGGUGCUCUCCGUCCUAGCAGUUCGGUAUCAACGAGUCUACAUUCACGCACGGGACAUGGAUUGGCGCCAGCCAUUUGACAUCAACUAUACAUUCUUUGAGGAUCUCACGGAGGCGAUCUCCGCGGUCGACUUCGCACGAACCCUGACCAACGCCGACAUGAGGACUUUUUCAGUCCUAACCGAGCGCGGUAUCGCUGAUAACGACGACAUGGCGAACCUUGUGACGAAAUGGGAUGAUCUUAGUAUUGUUGUCUGGGAAUGCUGUACUGCACUUCCUCAGCUCAUCGGCACCAUCCAAGAAUGUGUUCAGGCUCUCUUCCUCAUCCGGAACUAUCACUCCUUUACUGCCAUCCUCAAAGGUCUGCAGAAAUACAGUAUCGCCGAUUCAACAUUCACAACCGCCGCCAGCUCCUCCGGAACAGUCGCCCUAAACCCCGUCCUCCCUCCCGAUCUCCUAUACUUGGUGGACCCGGCUCAGAAUUUCCUGCUCUAUCGACAACAUUUCCAGAAUGCUCCGGGUAUUCCGUUCCUGCUUCCCCAUCUCCAGGAAUACAGAGAAAUUGGGGUUCCUGCAUUCCAGCAGCUGUUUCAACAAAUGCGGACGGCUGUUCCUUAGGACCCUCUUCUUCUUCUUAUUUUCUCUCUUGUUUUUUUUUCUUCCAAUUUCUCUUAUCUAAUUUCUCUCAUUCUCGCCCAUGUUUUCUUUUCUUCUUUCUAUUUUAUUUCUCUUUUUUUCAUUCCUCUCUUCUUUCUUUACUUAUCCAUGACUUUACUCAUCCGUUCCUUCUCGAGAAUAAUACCUAGGAGAGAGACCAUGACAGAGACCAUGGCGUCUAAAUGCGAUAUGAUAUGAAAUUUCAAAUGCGAAGCGACAGCAUGUUAAAUAACGACUUCUAUGACUCGUAACGAUGUGGCGCAGGAUCGACUUAGCGUGGGAACAGCUAGCACCGGGGGCCAGGGAUUCACCGAAUGAAUCGCCCAGUUUAUGAUGGAAAUUCCCCGAUAUUGAAUUGGAUUGGAUAUGCGUACGGUAUGGGCAUUGGUUUGAUUUUGGAUUAUGUUGUCUAAUGUGCUACGAUUGAAUUAUUUUC